AAAUGAAAACAAAAACAUAAAAACCUCUCAGCACCUAAUGAAAACAAGAGUCAGAGGUCAUAGGUUCGUAGAAAUUAGGGGAAAACAUUGAGAAACUGAUUCCGAUUGAAGACGCCCCGAAACAAAUCCGAAAUCGGAAGAACAUUGAUUCAACGGGGUGUUUAACUCGGAACAAACAAUCACCAUUGUUUUCCUUUUCACACCUAUGACCUUUGGAUCUUAGAUUUUUGGUACUUAUUUCGAAAAAAAAGGAAAGAAAAAGUCGAAAUUGGGAUCAGCAAUGGAUAGCAUAAUGAGCAAGCUUCGUAAUCUUGACGCUUACCCUAAAAUCAAUGAGGAUUUCUACAGCAGAACACUUUCCGGCGGCGUCAUUACCCUUGCUUCCUCCGUUCUCAUGAUCUUGCUCUUCAUCUCCGAGCUUCGAUUGUAUCUGCAUGCUUCAACUGAGACAAAGCUUAUUGUGGAUACUUCUAGAGGUGAAACGCUGCGUAUCAAUUUUGAUGUUACUUUUCCUGCCCUACCGUGCUCGAUGCUCAGUGUUGAUGCAAUGGACAUUAGUGGAGAGCAACAUCUCGAUGUAAGACAUGAUAUAAUCAAGAAAAGGUUAGAUACUCAAGGCAAUGUAAUAGGUACAAGGCAAGAUGGAAUUGGUUCUCCCAAGAUUGAAAAUCCCUUGCAAAAGCAUGGAGGCAGGCUAGAGCACAAUGAGACUUAUUGUGGUUCCUGCUAUGGGGCAGAAGAGUCAGAUGAUGAUUGUUGUAAUUCCUGUGAGGAUGUUCGUGAAGCAUAUCGGAAAAAAGGUUGGGCAGUCUCAAAUCCAGAUUUAAUUGAUCAGUGCAAAAGGGAAGGAUUCUUGCAAAGAAUCAAGGAAGAAGACGGUGAAGGAUGCAACAUAUAUGGCUUCUUGGAAGUAAAUAAGGUGGCAGGUAAUUUUCAUUUUGCUCCGGGCAAAAGCUUUCAGCAAUCUGGUGUACAUGUACAUGAUCUGCUGGCUUUUCAAAAGGACUCGUUUAAUUUAAGUCACCACAUCAACAGAUUAGCUUUUGGUGAUUAUUUUCCUGGUGUGGUGAAUCCUCUUGAUCGUGCACAUUGGACUCAGAAAACACCAAGUGGGAUGUAUCAAUAUUUUAUUAAGGUUGUGCCUACUGUUUACUCUGAUGUGAGAGGACAUACUAUCCAAACAAACCAGUUCUCUGUGACAGAACACUUCAAGACUGGGGAUGUGGGCCGAUUCCAGUCCCUUCCCGGAGUUUUCUUCUUCUAUGACCUUUCUCCAAUUAAGGUUACCUUUACAGAAGAACCUGUCUCAUUCUUGCAUUUCCUUACUAAUGUCUGUGCCAUAGUUGGAGGUGUUUACACUGUAUCUGGAAUACUAGAUUCGUUUAUCUAUCACGGUCAACGGGCUAUCAAGAAGAAGAUGGAACUUGGUAAAUUUAACUGAUAAGCACGUCCCUUAAAUGUUGUAUCACCACUUUGCAGUGCAUGGUUCUUCCCAAGACAAUCUAUUGCAGAGAAGAUCAACUGUUGAAUAGAAUUCCCCUCGGGGUUCCAUGAGUACUCACUUUCAGCAAAAAGGAUUUUGCACUUGGAUCAUGUCAUCGGUUGAAAUGCAAUGCUUGAACAUGACAUGUGCGGCAAAUGCCACAUUGCCAAUGAAUUAUGUCUUUCUUGAAACAGCUGUGAUGAUGUGAAUAACUGAAUAUUGCAUAUUUUGUGGAAAGUAUUGGGGUUUAUACCCGGGUUGUUUUGAGUUUGGAGUUCCGAGGGAGGGGAAGGGAGGGAAAUAGCCAAAUAGGGGGGUUGGCAUUCUUUUAUCUCAUUUUCCCAAAACAAUCUAAUUCAAUCAACCGUCUUUGGAAAACUAUUAAUUCA